AUGAUUUUAGGGCAAAGCUCUUCUUCUCAUUCCAAGGACUAUCCCUUUUCUAUUCAAUCAGAGGUUGAGGUUGAUAUUCUUGACCGCUCUUGGCUGAUUUUGGUCCCGCUUUCACUUCCUGGGGAACGGGUUUUGGCAAAAAUUACGGCAAAUGGGCCGGGCUUAUCAACGGCAAGGCUGAUGUCCCUAAUUUCACGGCCAUCUCCGAAAAGAAACAAGCCAAAAUGCCUUCAUUUUGGGGAAUGCAAUGGCUGUAAUCUGCAGCAUCUCCAUUACGAGGAGCAGCUUCGUUUGAAGGAGGCAUCUGUGAAGGCAAUCUUUUCUAAAAUUUGCUGCGGAGAUAAACCGGUAUUUCGGCCCAUUCUUCCGUCUCCUCUGCAAUAUGGAUUCCGAAACAAACUAACGCCUCAUUAUACCAGAUCUAACCGUACCCCACCGGGCUUCAUAUCAAAUAUUGGGUUCAAUGGCGUAGAUGGCAAGGUGGUCGAUAUUAAGUCAUGCUCGGUUAUCGAUCCUUCGAUCAACGAAGCUUAUCAAAAUGUUAGAAAAGCUCUUCAUGAGAGAUGGCAAAAUGUUAACAACCCACCCCAAAAUAGCGGGGCCACCUUAUUGCUUAGGAGAAAAGUGUCCAUUGAUUGCAAGCCGGUUCCUAUGAUUCUGUCCGCAGAUGAUGUUAGUGAGAAGGCGCAACAUGAAAAGGUGUCCAUUGUUUUGGGAAACGGUCCAGACAUUAUUUGUAGCGAAGUCAUUGACGGGGUAAAGUUUUCCUACGCUGCCUGCAACUUUUUUCAGACAAAUCCAAAGGCCGUCACUGAAUGUAUCCGCAUCUUGAAAAAGGAAUUAAGAGAAAAUUACUCACAUUUGACCCACCUUCUUGACAUUUAUUGCGGCGUUGGCCUCUUUGCUAUACUGCUUCAAUCGAUUUUUACAAAGAUCAUUGGAAUCGAGUCGGAUCAAAGAUCUGUUCAAUUUGCGCGGCUGAAUGCCAAAAAUAUUCCUGGCGAGGAUAGGACCAUCUCAAAAACGCUACCGUUGAGGUUUCUUGCCGGAGAUGCUGCCUCCUGGCUUUCGAAUCCAAAGCUUUUUUCUUUCCUGCCGGCAGACAAAACGGUAGUCAUUUUAGACCCACCAAGGGUGGGGUGCACGGACUCCUUGAUUAAUUGUCUGCUUGAAUAUCAACCUCAGCUAAUUAUUUAUGUUUCCUGUUACCCUUUGACACAGGCAGCAGACAUUUCAAAGCUCCUUUCCUUAUAUCAGGUUAAAUAUGUCCAGCCAAUGGACUUUUUCCCCCAAUCCCACCAUGUGGAGAAUAUGGCCUUUUUAGAAAAAAGGCCAUCGGCUCAGUUCUGA